AUGGCCCAGCCGACGCGUUUUUACGCCUCUCCCAGGCCACUGGACGUUUUCAAUGACGAUGCAUAUUUCGAAAACGAAGCUCCCAUGACGAGCCACGCACCCAUGCCAAAUCCCUCCAAGCCCAUGCGUCGUCCCUUGGGCACCUCAACUCCCAACGUCAUUCUUGAACCAGCAGUCUCCCACAGCUCCAAAUUCUCACCGUACAAGGCCAAGACUCCAAGGGCGCCGCUGAAGCCGUCCCACGGCCUCAAUAAAUUCAACGGCAUAUCCAUGGCUCCUCCUGCGGACAAGACGCCAGUGACCGAUUCACUGCAGAAGAGGCCACAGUUGUCCAACUUCAAGACGGGCUUUCAAAAGCCCCAGCUCACCGGCCCUGAUGCAUUCUUCGAGAAGGAAAACGUCCAUCCCCAGAGCUUCCCGGGACCGUCCACUAUCGAUCUCUCCGUUGGGCAGUACUUCCAGAACCCUCCCGGGAAAAAGGGACUCAUGGAGGCUGCCCCCAUCAAGGAAUCUCGAGUCAGCAAGAAGCCCAAGGCUGACGAGCAAUCACUACCACCUCACGACUCAUUCCCGCCCAUCACCGACGAUGGCACGAAGCCACCUCAUAGUUACGCUCAGCUCAUUGGAAUGGCCAUUCUCCGAUCUUCAAAACGCCGCCUCACGCUUGCUCAGAUCUACAAGUGGAUCAGCGAUAACUAUUCGUUUUACAGCCCCAAUGAUGCUGGAUGGCAGAAUAGCAUUCGACACAACCUGAGCCUUCACAAGAAUUUCAUCAAGAUCGAACGACCAAAGGACGACCCUGGCAAGGGAAACUACUGGGGCAUUGAACCCGGCACCGAAUUCCAGUUCCUCAAGGAAAAGCCGACUCGGAAAUCUGUCCCGACUGGAGAGAACCUCCCUGUCAUGUCCACCCGCCUCGAACCAUCUCGACCAACGCCAGCACUAAUGCCCGAGCCUUUGCUUCCGCCUCCGGCCCCAAUGCAUCACCAGCAUCAUCACCAGCACGCCAACAGCCUUCCUCCUCUCCCGACGUCUCAGGCAACCCUGUCAAUGCCUCUGGAGCCGUCAUCAGAUGCCACCAUUCUAUUAUCGGACAAUGCGCCUGCUGAUGACCUGGCCGACAAGGGUCCCGACAACGAACUACUACUGGAAUCAUCCUUCUUCUCACCCCUACCUGCUGCUUUGCAUUCCACCCCACCCAUGCCCCGGGCUGAGCGACGGAACGGUACACCGCCUCCCAUGAACCGCAAUCCCGCCUCAUCAGCUACUCGAACUCAUAAGCGCAAGUUUGCUUCCAUGGAUGACAGCGGCUACAUCUCCUCCCUAGAAUCCUCCGCCAUGCGACCGAAUGCGGCCAGGUCAGCUUUCUUUACGUCUGAACCGGAUCGACGCCGCAUCAAGCGUGGCCGCGCCGAAGAGGAGAUUGCACGACUAAGAGGAUCAUCACCUUUCAGCCCAUCAAAGAGCCGGCCAUUCUCUAGCUAUGGAAUCAACUCAUCGUCACCUUUCCGACCGUCUAGCGAUAACCAGAUGCCCCCUCCUCUGACCCCUGUCGUGAAAAAGGCAAAGGCUAUUAUCCAACCACCGCCGUCAGUUUCUCCCAACACCAACCUACGCAUUCACCGCGCCAAAGUUCGCCAUAUGCUGCAGUCUCCUCUACGAAGAGUCGCCAACCUUACCAACGACGAUAGUUUGCCUUGGAGUCCCGCCUUCCGCCUGGACGACAACAUCUUUAGCUUUGACACGCCCAAUGCCAGCAAUCUGCCCGACUUUGACAUCUUCCAAGAUCUACCAGUGGAUGAUGAGAAUGUGUUUGACAGCCUCCUACCCGCAGAGACCGGCUCACCAGUCAAACGCUCUGUCAAGCGCGCUCGCCUCGAUCGGUCUAUUUCUUCGUCGGCCAUUGGAGAGCUGUCAGCUUCCAAGAAGCUUCUCGGACCAGCGCCUCUGCUCAAAGCUCCUGAUACGCCAUCUCAAUUUCUGGAAACGCCCAGCAAGGUCUUUGAGGGCCUAAGCUCUCCCUCCAAGCUCUUUCAACAAUCACCCAUCAAGGGUGCUUCACCAAGCAAGUUUGCUUCCUUACUGGAGCUUCCAGGCGAUGGCGACUGGCCAUCUCUCCACAUAGAUACCAAUGACUUUGCUACCGGCGCUGGCUCUGAUGGCUCAGAUUUUACUGGCCUCGAUAUUCUUCAAGGAUUCGAGCGAAUUGGCUCAGGCUCACAGCAGUCAUCAAAAGGCGUGAACAGGAGUGGAAAGCCUGCACUCGGCCGAAGCUAUUCAACAGCAUUCUAA